AUGUCUGAACCAACUCCCAUCACCGAGCCUACGCAUACACACACAAUAUGGCGUAAAAGAGAAUUAAGCAGAACUCAGAAACUCAUCGGCAAAGUCAAAGGCACACCAGAGAAGAAUACUAACAACUUCAUUAUAAAGCAUGGGAUCUGCUGGGCCAGGCAAUGGGAGGAUAGGCUUCGAUUAACGAUGCCGUUGGGCGACAAGAGUCCAGAGGAGACACUUGCAGACCUUGGAGCGCUGAUGCAAGAUGACGGAAUUAAUCAGUACUGGAAGUAUGUGACGCAGGUUCUUACUGACGAUCCGCGCAAAGUCGAAAAGGUGGAACAGAUCAAGUAA